GGUGCUGUAGGCCCUGCCUCGGGGCGCGUCGCGGGCGCGCGGGCGGACUACAGGUCCCACAGGUCCUCGGGCGCGCGUGGGCGGCGUGCGCGCAGAGCCCGUGGGCUGAGGGGCUCCUCGGGGCUCCAGGCCGGACCCCGGCUGUCUCCGCGUCCCGCCCGCCUCAGGCGCCGGGUUUGGGAGAACCUCCCAACCCUGAGGACCUGAAGAGGUGGUGUAGAUUUUUCCUUCAGAUGAGGCUGUGGAACCAGGAAAGACCUUCACAUAUGCUCUUACAGAAUUUAAGAACAGCUAACCGUGGUUCUAGACUCAUCCUAAGAGCAGAAACAUGGAAUGUAUGAAGAAUACUUCAGGGAAAAAAAUUGCUUUGAGAGGAAGAGAAAGGAAUCUGUUCCAAAGACCAGGUUGCCCCAGCAGAUCAUUUUGGCAAUAACUGAACUCCCCAGAGCCCUGUCCAUCCCGCCAGCCACUGAAGGACUUUUAUCCACCUCCUUUCUCUGCAUACCAGAGGUUUGAGGUUCAGAAGCAGCAGCAAAGAUGUCUAAUGAGCCACCCCCUCCUUAUCCUGGAGGCCCCACAGCCCCACUUCUGGAGGAGAAGAGUGGAGCCCCACCCACCCCAGGCCGAACCUCCCCAGCUGUGAUGCAGCCCCCACCAGGCAUGCCACUUCCCCCUGCAGACAUUGGUCCCCCACCCUACGAGCCACCAGGUCAUCCGAUACCUCAACCUGGCUUUGUCCCCCCCCACAUGAGUGCAGAUGGCACCUACAUGCCUCCAGGUUUCUACCCUCCUCCAGGCCCUCACCCACCCAUGGGCUACUACCCAUCUGGACCCUACCCACCAGGGCCCUACCCUGGCCCUGGAGGCCACACAGCCACCGUCCUGGUCCCUUCAGGGGCUGCCACCACAGUGACAGUGCUUCAGGGAGAGAUCUUUGAAGGCGCACCAGUGCAGACUGUGUGUCCCCACUGCCAGCAGGCCAUCACCACCAAGAUCUCCUAUGAGAUUGGCCUGAUGAACUUCGUGCUGGGUUUCUUCUGCUGCUUCAUGGGGUGUGAUCUGGGCUGCUGCUUGAUCCCCUGCCUCAUCAAUGACUUCAAGGAUGUGACACACACGUGCCCCAGCUGCAAAGCCUACAUCUACACGUACAAGCGCUUGUGCUAACAGAGCUGAACUCGGACUCCCCAGCCUGUCAGUGGCCCCCUCCCCAUGCUUCGCUCCCUGUGCUCAGUGGUUACUUCUCCUCCACUUGGGGUUGGAAGCUGUGCCUUCCUUCCCUGGAAGUUCCUGUCCUCUUCUCCUUGCCCUAUUCUGAGCAUCUGACUCUUAUAGCAAAAAUUCUGUUGGCUUUAAGCCAAGGACCAGUGGAUGGCAGGGGAGUAGCACUGAGCUUGUGUGUUGCUGGUUUGCUUGUAUUUUUGAUUCAGGAGAUAAGCUGGAAAGGAUCUACUACUGGGGUCCUCACUUUUCCAUUUCCGUCCAAGGUCCAGGCUAUCCUGACUCUCCUGGGGCCAUAAUCAGCUAAAGCAAGUCCCAGCUUGGGGGGCCUGCGGUGGAGGCUGUGUCUGGAGCCACAGUUGUUUCUGACCUGCUGGGCCUCAUCUGGACCCAAGCAGAGCAGGGUCAUGAGGCCUGGGUUUGUUUCGGGGUAUACUGUGCCUCUCGGGUGCCAGAGGUGGGGCAUGUCAGAAUUAGUGAUUGCCAACUCUGGCCCUCAGCACUCAGGUAUGGAAACCCAGGACAUCUCUCUGUCCAAGUGCCCAAGAGCCCCUGGUGCAAGGUAGGGAGGAUGCUGGGUAAGUCAUGGCCCUGUUAACCAAGAGUGACUCAUCCCCUCCCCACCCUCUUUGAGUUAGUGUGCAGACCCCCUUUCUGGCCACACCUCUGUGAACUCCUAUAUUUUCUGGGGCCAGUAAGGAAUGCCUAGGAACCUAGCCUGAUCUGUCUGCCCUGUGUCCUCACUGUGUGUGGGUACAACCUCUAUCCAAUGGCUGCUGUGUCCUAGCUGAAACAGAUGGCAGAUAAGAGGGGGCCCCUGAGAUUUACAGGACCUUCACCCUUGGUUCUCUUCCUGGAAAGCACUAGGCCCUUUGCCUUACCUGACUUGCUGUUGCUGUACCUACUCCCUUUUUGGGACACUUUAACAGAAAUAGCUGUGGUACUGGGCUGGGAUGAGGAAGGAGGAGUCACAAGUGGUGGAAGUGUCCUAGUGGAAAACUGUCUUGCCCAGGGCCUAGGCCCAAACCUGUCUUUAUUACCUAAGUGGUUUGUCUGUAAACUUGUCCACAUGGACGCUGUAUCCUGCUGCUGUUCCGCUCCUGGUCGCGCACUGUCACUGCAUGGCCUCCUGUCACUGUGAAUCGUGGCCUGGUCUCAGUUUGUAGUUUCUCAUUAAAUUGGCCCUUUCACUCCCCUGCCCUGGGCCUCUGCUCUCUU